AUGGCACCUUCCAAUAACGACGACUUUCCCUGGCGGCAGGCAGGCGUUCUUGCAAUAUGUCGUCUCGCUGAGCCAAUAGCUUUUGUCUCCAUCACAUCCUAUGCCUUUGUGAUGGUACAGGACAUCCAUGGAGACAAGGACGCCUCCUUUUAUGCUGGCCUAUUGGUCUCAGCUUUCGCUGCUGCUGAAGCUUGUACAGCCUUCCUCUGGGGCAGUCUAUCAGAUCGCUAUGGAAGGAAACCAAUCAUUCUCGUCGCACUUGCUGGUACUGCUUUGUCGAGUCUGAUAUUUGGGUUUGCCAAGAACUAUUGGCUUGCAAUCUUUGCACGAAUCGUUGGUGGUGCAUUGAAUGGCAAUGUUGCUGUUAUGCAAACCAUGGUGGCAGAAAUGGUUCAUAAACCAGAGCAUGAACCUAUGGCCUAUGCUCUUCAACCUGUGAUGUGGGCAGUGGGAUCAGUUGCUGGGAGUGCAUUGGGUGGUUUUACUGCCCAACCUGCACGUUGGUAUCCAAACGUCUUUUCCGAGGAUGGCAUUUUCGGUCACUAUCCCUACCUGCUGCCAAAUCUUGUUGCUGUGGUCAUGAUCCUGCUAGCCAUGAUACAAGGCCUUUUCCUACUUGAAGAGACGAACCCAGCUCUGAUUGGUGACAAAGAGGACGCACAGAAACCUACUCGGACUAAUCCUGCCAUGGCUGCCGACGAAAGAACUCCUCUGAAUCCAGGAAUUGCAUCCUUACGCCGAGAACGUCGUGAGUCUGUCAUGUCGAAAGCCAGCUAUCGGAGUGGGGGUCUGCCGUACAUUGCGGUGCAUGCUCCAAUUCCUAUCGAUCCUGGCUUCGAUCUGCGCCGUGGUUCCAUCGUGUCGAUCGGUUCUUUCGGUACGCUCAGGAAACGCCCGUCGAUUGCUGAGUAUAUGCGAGCUCAUGCUCAUACUCAUGCCGUUGCUGUUGACGACGAGGAGGAUGACGAGGAAGAGUCUCUGGAGGUACCAGAGAAAGCAUUCACCAAGGAGGUCUGGUUGUGGGUUUCGGCUUUGUGGCUGCUUUGCUACCACCAAAUGGCUUUUGCUGCUUUGUUGCCUGUUUACCUCGUGGACGAUCCACGUAAGUCGAGUCUUGAUCUUCUUGGUGGCCUAGGCAAAACACUGCCCGAAGUCGGCACGAUUUUGGCCGUGAACAGCGUCAUCUCCCUCCUGGCUCAGGCGGUGGUAUUCCCCAUCUUCGUUGCCAAAAUUGGUGUCUGGUGGUCAGGAAUCAUACUGAUCGUGCUUUCUCCACUGGUCUACUUCUUGCCACCAUUCGUCUCACUAAUGUCGGAUCCCGUCAUCGGCAUCUAUCUUGUCAUGAUCUUCCAAGCUCUGACAUCUACGAUGGCGUAUCCAAUCAUCUUACUUCUCCUCAAGAAUGCCUGUCCCUCACCACUUGUCCUGGGCAGAGUUAAUGGACUAGCAAUGUCAGGCUGCUCAGCGGCACGAACUAUAGCACCACCGAUUGUGGGAGCGGUAUACAGCGCAUUGGGUUCUGCUGGUGGCUGGUGGAGUGCAACACUAAUUGCGAUUAUUGGAGUUAUUGAGCUUUUCUUCAUACGACGACCGAAGGAGGACAAUGAAGAGGUACUUAGAAGAGCUUCCGUGUCAGCAGAGGCAUACGAUUGA